UGCAGUACAGUUCGUGGAAAACAUGUUGAAUAGCAGGACGGUGUGUAUUAACAUUACCUUUGAAUUAGAAAUAAGAACAACGACAGCGUUAAAGUCAACAAAUUCUGGUUUGUGUCAGUGAAUGAGGUUUUGGUGAAGAAUCUCGCACCGUUUUCAAGCUGAAGUCACUACAGCCACGUACAGAUUAACCCAAUUGAGAACAUCACAUCUAAUUACAAAAAAAAGAUCCACGAAAAGCGAACAAAGUCACGGAAAUAUUACAUGGCUGUUUGAAACUAUAAUGAAGCUCUCAAGUUCGAUGUCAUUCUUCUUUGUGCUUUUCUAUUUUCUUAUACGUGGAUCUGCACAAUACUGUCCGGGAGCUUAUGUGAAGGUGUUACAUGAGUGGGGCUGCAUAUCAAAGAAACAAUGUCUUGAAAGAGGUUUUGUCAUAUCCAAUGGCUACUGUCGUCGGACUUGUCCAGGGGCACUGUACCUCUCUUAUGAUGCUCGCACCUGCCACAGAUCAUGUCCGGAUGACACGGUGGUAAACGGUUCCAACUGCUUAAACUCAACACAAUGUACAGCUAGGGGUAUGUUCGUGUACAAUGGGAGUUGUGUUGACUCCUGCCCGCUGGGGACUGUGGUCACAAUGUCUGAUAUUUGUGUUCAUAAUUGUCCAUAUCAAACCGUCACUAACACUACUCACUGCAUAAAUCCCCACGACUGCACUGAAGCUCGGAAGGUCAUCUCCAACAGCACAUGUACAGACCAGUGCCCGCCCGGAUUUCCAUAUGUUGAUGCUGGAAGGUGUGCCUCGGACUGUCGGGAUGGGAAAGUGUCCUACAAUCACCAGUGUAUUACACAACACAGAUGUAUACACGAAGAAGGCAAGGUUAUUCAAAAUAGAUCAUGUGUGGGAUCCUGUUCGCCUGGAUUUCCAUAUGUUGAUGCUGGAAGGUGUGCCUCGGACUGUCGGGAUGGGAAAGUGUCCUACAAUCACCAGUGUAUUACACAACACAGAUGUAUACACGAAGAAGGCAAGGUUAUUCAAAAUAGAUCAUGUGUGGGAUCCUGUUCGCCUGACGCCCCAAACAUCUAUGACGGGCAAUGUUACAGCCAGUGUCCUUUAGGAACUGUACCCAAUGCUUCACUGUCCACCUGCCUUGUGGAUUCUGUCUGCACAGACAAAGGACAAUUUAUACUCAAUGGAACAUGCGUUGCGGAAUGUCCGCGUUAUGUUAGUGGUAAAGCCUGUGUGGAUGAAUGCCCUAGAGAAACAGCGCUGUAUCACAAGGAGUGUAUAACCAGAACAAAGUGUACCCAUUUUAAUUAUCUCUAUAUGUUUAUGUUUAAUGGCACUUGUGUUGAAUCUUGUCCUGUGGAAGCACCAUAUAUUGACCAUAACAGAUGCUAUGCGGUCUGUCCAUUGGGCAAAGUUGCAGAAGACAAGCAUUGUAUAGUCACAUAUCAAUGCAAUUUGAAGGUUAUACACAAUAACACAUGCCUCACAAGUUGUCCCGAGACAGCACCACUUUCAGCUCCAGGAAUAUAUGGCGCAACUUACUGUGUGUUAGCAUGCCCUGUUAACACAGUAGCACAAAAUGUCACCUGUAUCAGCAGUGAACGGUGCAUAUCGCAAGGUAACUUUGUCUUCAACGGAACAUGUGUAAUCACCUGUCCUGAAGAGGCUCCAUAUCACAGCAGUGGCAAAUGUCACCACCAAUGCCCGCAAGGUCAGAGAGCCACUGACACGGAAUGUAUUGAGUGUGAUUCAGACAAACUCCUAGAUGGCAAGGCAUGCAUCUAUAAAUAUGAAUGUCAUGAAAGAAAUAAGUUUCAAUAUAAAGGAAAGUGCCUGUUGUCAUGUCCACAUGGAACAAAAGAAGACGUCGGUCUAUUUACAAACAAGUGUCAAGCACAGCCAAAUCUCCUACCACUACUUACACUGCUGUUUUCGGCGCUUCUGGUCAUCACUGUCAUUUGCCUCUGUAUGACGAUUCCGAGGAAUGGAGCAAAAACACGUGACGAAAGAAUAAAGGCGACAUUGACUACCAAAACUAGGAAGCAAGUCUAUGAAAACAAUGGUUUUGAAGAACAUGAAGAUCACGAAUGCUGUGAUGAUACCAACGAUGUCGAAACUGGAGCAAUCCGUACACCUGACAAUGGAGAAGCUUGUGAUGUUGAAGUUGUGGGUCCAUUCGAAAAUGUGUAUUUCAUGAAAGAAACGGGUCAAAUCGAUCAAAGUGAAAUAUGACAUAUAUCUACUAUAUCUAAUUCUAGUAUCAGAGCAAUAGAUUAAUUAAUGGAAUCAGUAUAUAUUCAACAGCCAGAGCUAUAUAACCAUACAGUCAUUAGCAUUUAGUUCAUGUACAUGUUUGGCUAUUUUUUCUGAUCAAUUUCUUACUGAUCUGUCUUUUAUGUCGUGUGUCAUGAUUGAUUCAGGAUGUUUUUAAUUCUUUGUUUAGUAAAUAACGUCCUGAUCCCA